AUCCAAAAUGAGUUGAUACAUCUAAUAGGAGAGGCGAUUCUGAAGAAGAUCAUUGCAGACACGCAGGUGGCCAAAUACUAUUCAAUCAUGCUGGAUUGUACUCCUUACACCAGCCAUCAGGUGCAGAUGACUAUGAUAAUACGAAUUGUUAACACUGAAGCGAGACCAGUCGAAAUUUGUGAAUACUUUGUGGGGUUUUUGCAAGUAGAAAGUAGCACGGGACUGAGUCUCACGGAAACAUGUCUGAAGAAACUGGAAGAAAUGCACCUGGAAUUAAAAAACUGCAGAGCGCAAGGGUACGAUAAUGGAGCGAAUAUGAAGGGACGUAACAGUGGAGUGAAGAAACGCAUCCUUGAGCUGAAUCCCAAGCGUUUUAUGUUCCAUGUGGCUGUCACAAUCUAAAUUUGGUUUUAAGCGACAUGGCGAAGUCCUCGACAGUCGCAAUUACGCUCUUCGGGAUUUUACAUCAGAUAUACAUAUUAUUAGCUGCGUCAACUACACGCUGGCAAAUACUGAAAAAUCAUGUGGAAAAACUCACAGUUGAGCCAAUCUCAGAAACACGUUGGGAGUGCCGCAUCGAUUCGGUUCAAGCCCUUGCGUUUUCAAACAGGGUCAAUUUAUGAUGCUCUGGUUGAGGUGUCGUCGGAAACCGCAAAUGACCCAAAAUCAAGAACCGAGGCUGCUUCUUUGGCGAGACAAAAUGAAGAGUACCCUUUCUUGGUGUCAUUAUUAAUCUGGCAUGAUCUCCUAGAGAAAAUUAAUAUCGUGAGCAAAAUGUUACAAACGAAGGACAUGCAGUUUGACGUUGCUUUGCAGAGCUUAGAAAACACAACAGAGUUCUUGAAAUCCUAA